CUAAUGGUUGCCGAAUUAUAAAGAUAAUAAAAAAAUUAUCAACCAGUUUGGCAUUUUGCCUUCUUAUUUUGCUUUAAUCAUGGAUAAAACUUGAAGCAUACUUCGUAAUGGAGGAUAAGGUUUGUAUUUUACUUAGCUGUAAUUUUCAGUACAAAAACGAGUCUGAAUUAAGCCUAUGCACUGCGUGAAAUUGUCAUGUGAAGGUGUUGGCAUAAUUUAUGAAUAAAGCAUUUUAGUUUUGACACUUUUCUUGAAACGUUUGACAACGUGGUUUCAGUUAUGGUAUAUAGUAAUGUACGAGUUUCAAUUACGCUCGUGUUGUAUUUCGUAGUGUAUGUAUUGCGCAAAAAUAGAAAGGAAACUAGCCUUGUGGCAUUUUUAAAGCUUUUGUGUGCUUGUGACAAGUAUGCUGUUCUAAAUUCAUUUAGAAUAAUAUAAUGAACUGUUCUACUUGUAUAUAGUGGGUUAUUGACAAAUAGACUUCACUUCCAACUCUCUUGCAUUUGACCGCCAACCCUCAGUGACUCUCAUCCACUUUGAACUGGUUCAAAUUAUGAUGCAAGUUGACAAAAGUUUUUACUCGUUUGACUGGCCAUAUCCAAACAAUUCUCAUCAACUCUCGUCUGACGUUAGCCAGAGUAAAAUAACGAUGUAGAGCAUAUUGGGGUGCAAUGCAAGCUAAUGCGUUAAUGUAUUAUUUUUAGCAAGAAGCUGCAACAGUCGAGACGAAGCCAGCUCCACAACCAACUCAAUCCGCAAAGAAAAAGAAACAACCACAGGAUUUUGUGUUUGGUAAAAUACUUGGUGAAGGAUCAUAUUCCACUGUAAGUUGUGUUUCCAAAGUCUUUCAACAAGCUAUUUGGAAGAUUUAUUUAUGUUGAAUAGCUCUAUUAAUUUUAAACUUUUCUCCCUAGAGGUCCAGUAAGGGACAUCCCUUAUUGAUCCAGUGUUACUACAGGAGGAACCUAAACUAAACUAACUUUAUUUAUAUUUGAUAGCUCUAUCAGUUCUAAAUUGUUUUCGCUAGAGGUCCAGUAAUGGUCAUAUAUCUUAUUGAUCCAGUGUUAAUUACUACAGGAGAAAACCUAAACUAAACUAACACUGAUACAGUCAAACUAGAAGUGCUGUUCUCUCGGCUGUUCUCACAUAAGAGAGGAAAUAUUAUAAUCAAACAACUGCAUAUUGCAAAAAUUAAUUGAACACCAGGAUUCCUCAUUCUCAGAUAUCCAGGCAGCUCUUGGGCUAAUUGUUGUAAAAAUACUGUAGGUGCAGUUAGCAAGAGAAAUUAACACAGGGAAAGAGUUUGCAAGUAAGUAUAAACUUUAUAAAAUACCACAAACAAAUUACAGUCAUGCCAAUAGAAGUGUUUAAAAAAUAUUGAUUACUGCAUUGAGAGCCAGCUCUCUCAACUCAACGAGUAAAAUCAUAUGGUGUUAUACAGAGUGAAAUAAUAGAGUAGGACAAAUUAGGGCCACAGUGCAACUUAACGGGGAUCUGUAGUGUAGCCAGCCUGACGAUUUAGUACCGCUAUGCAAAUAUUUUUGUGUUCAUUGACUAUGAAAACAAUCAAUUUCUAAAGAAAUGAAUAAUGAUAAUAAUUUUGAAUUUGCAUAACGGGACUAAAUUGUCUGGCUGGCUAUGCCACUGAGGGGGGUUAAUUAGACACAUGGGCAGACAGUUCGAGUUGCUGGUGCUCUCGUCUUUAUGCAUUAGACUGAUUCAUUAGACAGAGUAAAUAAAAUUAUAUAGUAGGGCGCAAUGAAAAUUAAUGGAUUAAUUCAUUUCCUAACUUCAAGAAAAUUCUCUGAUCAACAGCUCAAUAUUUUGAGGAAACUCCUUGAAAAACGUCAUAACAUACGUCAUUGACUGAUCAAUUAUGUGAAAAUAUUCAUUAACAGCCCUGCCUAAAGAUGUGAAUGUUUUGACUGUUGUUAAUUGUGAUAUAUUUUUGUUGUUGUAAUAUUGAAAUUUGUUUUAAAAUUGGUAAAUUGCAUAAAAUUUUAGACAAAUAACAUUUGUUUACAUGUACAUAAUGUUUUCAAAACUCAAAUGUUUUGACUAUUGUGAUAUAUUUUUGUUGUUGUAAUAUAUUGAAAUUCAUUGGUAAAAUUGGUAAUUUGCAUAGAAUUUCAGAAAGAUAGUGCUUGGAAAUGACAUAAAAUCAAAAGUACCUGUUCAAGUGUGAAAAAUCAGAAUUUUAUAUUUGGGAAAAAUAUACAAAUAUUUUCCUAAGUUAGUGUAUGUCUUGAAUAUGUCUUAGUGCAUGCCAAGACAUUUGAUAUUGGAGUAAUGGACAGUUGACCUUUCGGAGUCAAUGUUAUUGCUUAUUUGUCUGUUUUUCUUCCUAUCGGAGAGCGAUUCUCAUUGGUCAAUUUAAACAAGCAGUUAUGAAUUUUUGAACUUCUUCAAAAUGUUGAGGUGUUGAUCAGAGGAAUACAUCCUUGAGGAAAGUACUCAACCUUGGCUAUAGAGCCUCGUUUUCAUGAUUUGAGAUAUUGGGUUUAGAGUACUUUAUCUUUUUACUGGUGGACACAUUUGUGAUUAAAUCAUGUAAUUAAAUUAGAUAAAAGACCUUUAUAAUUACAUCAUCAGUAACAAAAUAAAGGGCUUAAAAGCCGAUAUCUCAAUCACAAAAACGAGGCUCUAUAGCACUUGAAAUUAGGAAAUGAACUGAGCAACUGGAACUCAUUGAGAAAACACUAUUUAACAAUUAGUCACCGAAUGGCUUGUAAUCACUGAGCCUGAGGCGACUAAUUGUUUUAGUAUAAUUUCAGUAUUGAAAAAGUUUUAUUACUAAUACACAUGUUUAUUUUAUGAAUAUAAUUUGCAUAAAUAAUUUACUUCCGUUUUCAGCCAUUUUUGGUGGAAAAGCAAUAGACUGCUCAGAGCAGUCUGAGCAGAGCAGUCUGAGCAGUAGUUAUUGCCUCAGAGUUACUGCUGAGGGAGUCAAUCAGAAUGCUCAAAGGCCAUUUUUCAAUACUGAAAUUAUACUAUAAGGUAGAAGACCAAAUUUUAUUGCAAAAGAAAGUGAUUGAGACAUUUACAUUGCAAGUACUUUGGGGGUUAUGUCCGCAGUGCGUACCUAUUUUUACUGUAGAUUGUUUUUAUAGUGAAAAUUUUAGAGAAACGUCACAUCAUACGAGAGAAGAAGGUUCCUUAUGUCUCCCGGGAGAAAGAAGUUCUGAGUCGUUUGUCACAUCCAUUUUUUGUACAACUUUUUUUCACUUUUCAAGAUAAAGAACGUCUCUGUAUCCUUCUUUGUUUGUUUGUACUCAGUUGUGUUGGUAGCUCAGUGGUCAAUGUCUGUGCUUUUCUGAAAAACUCCAGGGGCUUCAUUCCUGCAAUUUAUAAUUCCUUGUCAGUCACAUGUGAGAAGAAUGCUUCCAGUUUGACUCUACCAAACGCCACAGAUUUUCUCUUGGGACUCUGGUUUCCUCUUGUAAUUAUUGCUAGGGCUGUUAAUAGGAGGGGAGCAAGGGGCAUUUUCAUCCUGGGUCCCAACUCAAAAGAGGGCCCCCCGAAAGCAACAAACAAGACAGGCAGACAUACAAGAUUGUUUAAAUGAAAAUAUAAAUCCUAACUGUGUCAGUGGGUUAAUAAUAAUAAUAAUAAUAAAUUUAAUACUUGUAUAGCGCUAUUUACAUUAAUUGAUCAAAAGCGCUUCACAGAGUUAAGAAUAGAUACAAUAUUUACAUUAUUGAUUAGUUUCAUUGUUACUGGUGAAUUUAUUUCCUUUUUUCUCACAUUUCUCAUGAUAUGUAAUAACGUGCAAUAUAUUUUAAAACACAGCUUUUCUGGGAACGUUUUGGCUUGUUCAACCUCAGAGUCGCCCUGGUUACUGCCCAAUUGUGGCCUGUUUCAAACAUCGCGCUUCUCAUGUGCUGAACGCAUUAAAAACAAUAGAUAAUCAGCUGAACUGCCUCAUUAUCUAUUAUUUCUUAUGCGUUCGGCACGUGAGAAGCACAACGUUUGAAACAAGCCUGUAUUUCCUUAAUUCAGCCUUUACUACAGAUUAUGGUUUAAGUUUAGCAAAGAAAGGUGAACUGCUUCCCUAUAUAAACAAGGUAAACACAGAAUGAAAGGAAAUACUCAUUUUAACGACUAUAGACAAAUUUUGUUAACGUUGUUUAACAUCGUUGCUACCCAAACUUUAGAGAACUCGCAUGCUUAGUUAGUAUUGUUCUAGUUUACAGAAACAUAGAAUAGAAGAAAGGUAACUGAGCUUUAAGGUCCAGACCAUAGACAAUCCAGAAGACAUCUUACAUUUAAUCAUUAUUGUCUAUGUCCAGACGCGAUUCGACAACGCGACGGGGUUUUUACGUUUUUGAAAGUUAAUAAAACAGGCAAUGAGAGCAAAUUUUGAAAGAUAUGUAGACCAAAUAACUCAAAAUAUUAUAACGCUUCUAAAUAUUUGGAAAAUACAAAGUAGGAUCAAAGUUAUCGGUCAGUGAAAAUCGCGUCGCGUUGUCGAAUCGCGUCCGGUGUGUCUGGACCUUUAGAAUUAUGUAUAAGAGUUACUCAUGUAGAUAAUUCUAAUGCUUAAUUACCUUUGUUCUAUUCUAUACUAGAACAAUGAUAAUUAGGCAUCUGACUGAUGUGAUUUAUCUAAAGUUGUGAAUACACCUUUUCGAUAAUUACGUCAUGAUUACGUCAUCUUGGCCUGGGAGCCUCACUCUCGUGAAUCAUGACGUAAUUAUGGAAAAGUCUGUUGGGUGUAAACAAGUGUUAUAGCCAAAUUUCUCUGUUACAUCAGGAAGAUCUCGAGUCAAUAACAUGAAUUCAUUAUUGUACUUUAUAGCUUGGUUCAUUUGAUUUGAAAUGUACACAGUUUUAUUCAGGCGAGAUUAUCGCAGCACUGGAACACUUACAUGGACUGGGCAUAAUUCAUAGGUAGGGACAGGACAGGACCGCCGGCUAUGUGCACACGGGCGUCGUUUUUCAGCGUUUUCAAAAACGUUUUUGUCCCUUUAAUCGUUUUGGUGCUCUGUUCACACGGUCCAAAGGAAAAUAUCUCCAAUAUAUUAAAUAAACUACAGCGUCUUGCGUAAAUUGAUAGUGUUUGCAACAAAUGAAAACGCUCGAAAACGUGCCGUGUGCACAUAGUCUUAGUUGAGGCACAACUUAAUUUAGGAUUUUAUUUGUCCUGUUGUCUGAGUCUUCAAUUGUUAUAAUUGUAAAAUUAAUAACAAAAAAAAAUUUCCAUAGAAUUUUAAGAACUGUCGUUUAUAAAUGCUAUAGUCCUCAACAUCACUUUAAAGGCCCAUUUCCAGUCAAAAAAAUUUCCACGGACGGAGAAUUUUCCGAAAAUAUCAUUGUUAAUUUUCAACCUCAAAUUUUUUUUCCGACGGAAACUUUGUGUCGGCCAAUCAUAUUUUACAAAAUUUUCUUUCUGCGGAAAAUUUUCCUGAUGUGGAAAUGGACUUUAAUAUUUGUUGUUUCUCAGAGAUCUGAAGCCGGAGAACAUUUUACUGAGUGAAGACAUGCAUAUUAAGAUCACAGAUUUUGGAACAGCAAAGAUUCUAGGCAGUCCUGAUCAGAGUGGACAAGGUCAGUCAGGGAGGAGAUGGGGGGGGGGGUGGAGCUAAUCCCCUUAAGCCCCAAUCGAAUGUGGAUGAGAGUUGUUAGUCACGCAUUGUUACAGGGCAUAUUUCAAGCUCUAGAUUAACAAAGUUAAGUCGGUUACUAGCCGGGAUUUUGCGAGCGGAAUUUUUCUUUGUCUUGCGAUUUCUCGGGUGGAACUAAUACACGCUUCCGGAAAGUACGUCGCCUUGGCUAUAGAGCCUCGUUUCCAUGACUGAAACAUCGGACUUUGACUAAUGUCAGGAACACGAAAACGAGGCUCUAUAGCCAAAGUGACGUACUUUCCGGAAGGGUGUAUUAAGCCGGUUUUCCACUAGGCGGGAUUUUGCGCGCGGAGCGGAAUUUUUCAGAAGAAAAAUUCCGCUCCGCGCGCAAAAUUCCGCCUGGUGAAGAAACCGGCUUAAUACACCCUUCCGGAAAGUACGUCACUUUGGCUAUAGAGCCUCGUUUUCGUGUUCCUGACAUUAGUCAAAGUCCGAUGUUUCAGUCAUGGAAACGAGGCUCUAUAGCCAAGGCGACGUACUUUCCGGAAGCGUGUAUUAGUUCCACCCAAGAAAUCGCAAGACAAAGAAAAGGUUUGAUGAGUGUUCCAACCAUGUUUCAACUUAACUAGAAUGCGUGAUAGUGUUGGGAAACCGGGGAGGGGGGGGGGGCACCGGCUUCCAGGGGCACUUUUGAAAGUGAAAAUGGCGCCUAAAAAUGACAAAGAAAAGGUUUGAUGAGUGUUCCAACCAUGUUUCAACUUAACUAGAAUGCGUGAUAGUGUUGGGAAACCGGGGAGGGGGGGGGGGCACCGGCUUCCAGGGGCACUUUUGAAAGUGAAAAUGGCGCCUAAAAAUUCUCGAAUUCCAACGUACAAUGAACGUUUUUUUAAAAAAAAAACAUCAAAAUUUUCUCACAAAAAGGACACCUGCGAUGUUAAUAUAGUAUUUACAGCAACAUUAGCUUGAACAAAAAGGGCACUUUUCAUCACAAAAAAGGGCACUUUGAACAAAUUGGGGGAGGGGCACGUGUCCCCUUGCUCCCCUCCGGUUCCUACGCCCCUGCACAGAGCACAGCCACAGACUCUGUCAACAUUCCAUAUGGGAGAAAACCAGAGUACCCGCAGAAAAGUCACGACCUGUUGUCCUGUUUAUACAACCUAUUGUCUUCUUUUGUGGCUGUAACUAUCCUUACUCGCUUUGUAGCUGGACGAAAUUCAUUUGUUGGCACAGCUCAGUAUGUUUCACCAGAAUUGUUAACAGACAAGAAAGCAUGUAAAAGGUAUUGCACAAAUUACUUCAGUAUGAAAAAUGGAACUUUAUUUAAAGACGAUAGCCCCAUCAGCAAAAGCUCGUUUCAAUCUGUUCCUGGGGAAUACAACUUGGAUUUCGUUUAGAUCGCUAAGUGAAUGCAUUCAACAGGGCUCGAAAUAACUGCCUGUCAACGGACAAUGUCUGGCCAGAAUGCGGAGUUAGAGACCUUACGAUUAAGGACGGCAACGGCUACCAAUACAAUAAACUAUUGAAGAGAAUUGAAUAAUUACAACAUAUGAAUGAUUUAGACAUUGCUCUGUUUACAACGCCAAAUCACAGAUUUUCACGUCUUGAUACAAUGGCUGCAUUUCAAGCCGCAACAAGUGCAACUUCAAACUGGGUUCAGCAGAACUCUUCCCAACCAUAAAACCCAUGUCUUCAACUUCUAAGACUGUAUUAAAUUCAUACGAUUGAUAAUAUACAACGAAUUAUUUUUACUACCAUUUAUUUGAAGUAGUUUUGUUUUGGCUGUCGUCGUCGCGUUGCCGUCUUAAAAUCGUAAGGUCUCUAAUGUCCUGUCAAAUACUUACCUUGCCAGUCAUUUUGACCGGUCACUUUCGGUAAAAGAACAAACUAAUCUUCAUUUUAAUUAAUAAUCAAAAUAAAGUUGUCAAGUUGACAAGUUCUGCCAUCUGAAAAUGGCAUUUGUAAAGGGAGUUCUGGCAUUUGUAAAGGGAGUUCUGGCAUUUGUAAAGGGAGUUCUGGCAUUUGUAAAGGGAGUUCUGGUAUUUGCAAAGGGAGUUCUGGUAUUUGUAAAGGGAGUUUUGCCAUUUGAAAAGGGAGUUUUGCCAUUUGAAAAAGGAGUUUUGCCAUUUGAAAAGGGAGUUUUGCCAUUUGAAAAGGGAGUUCUUGCGUUUGAAAAGGGUGUUCUGCCAUUUGAAAAGGGUGUUUUGCCAUUUGAAAUGGAAGUUCUGCCAUUUGUAAAACGAGUUCUUCGUUUCAUUGAAGAAACUCAAUUCCAGACGCAAUUUCUUCACUCAUAUCUCCAUGUCAUCUUCCAUUUUCAGCUCCGACCUGUGGGCAUUAGGAUGUAUUAUUUACCAACUUCUGUCAGGUUUGCCACCGUUUAGAGCAAGGUAAAGUUAAACAUAUAGUCCUUAUAAAGUCACGCAUAUAGUUCUUAUAAAGUCACACAUAUAUAGUCCUUAUAAAGUCACACAUAAAAGCCUCACGUGAAAUUUUCAAUGUUUGCUGAUUUCCAUGGGUAAGCAAUUUUUUUUUCGUUUUAGCAAUGAAUACCAAGUGUUUCAGAGAAUUAUCAAAUUAGAAUACGAAUUUCCAAAUGGUUUUCCAGAGUGCCCCAAAGCACUAGUGGAGCGUCUUUUAGUGAGUAUAACACUAAGCACAGUGAGUGUAUAUGAGGUCUGUGGCUCUAUGAAUUCUGUCAGAACGACUCCAUAGCGACACAUACGCUAACCCCUGUUUGCUCAUUAGGUUUUGGACCCCACCAAAAGACUUGGUUGUGAUGAAAUGGAAGGCUAUCCACCUUUGAAAGCAGAUCCAUUUUAUGAAGGUUAGUAAUGUGGUGUCAGACGUUGUUCCCCUUUCAAUUAUUUUAUACCUGCUUGAGCAAAUGAAGUUGACUUUGUCCAGCUUAUUAGACAAUCAAUGUCUUCAACCACAGUACUGUACUGGCGCUAGUUGUAUAGAAAAGUAAUUAAAAAGGUGAUUAAAGUUAACUACAGCUAGUGCGAAAGCUAACCAAUGAAUAAUGCGCAUUUUACAAUUAACUACUAAUUUAACAAUUAAUUUAACUACAAAAUUAAUUAAUUAACAUUAAUUAAUUAAUUAAUUAAUUAAUUAAUUAGUCAAUUAAUUAAUGAAAUAAGUAUUAAUACAAUUAAUUAAUUAAUUCAAUUAAUUGAUUAAUUAAUAAAUAACAUUAAUUAAUUAAUUAAUUAAUUAAUUAAUUAAUUAAUUAACUACAAAAUAAUGAGAACGUAAUGAUAAUGAGAACAAUAUUAAUUAAUUAGUUAAUUAAUUAACAUUAAUUUAACUACAAAAUAAUGAUAAUGAGAACAAUUCUUUCAGGAAUAGACUGGGAAAAUCUUUCCAAAGAGACUCCACCACGACUUCUUCCUUACCUGCCAGCCACGUGUGCUGAUGGGCCUGAGUUCUGGGGAGAUAGUGAGGUAAUCACCUUUUUUGGACCGUACGAAAAUGUUUUCAUUUGUUAGUUUCAUAUCUGACGCUGAAGAAAACAACGAAAAAUGUGUUGCCUGGAGCGGGAUUCAAACUCGCAUCUUUUAUGAAACUAUCUAACAAUUAGUCGGUUAGCACUUUUUUCCAUCCAGCAAACCGCCCUAUCGAUUUUCUAAAGUCGGUUUGUUUUUUUUUAAUUUUUUUAUUAAUUCGGUUAGGGUUAGGGUUAGGGUUAGGGUUUCGGUUAGGGGUUAGAGUAGUGGUAGGGUUUGGGUUUGUUACAUAGCCAUUUAACACCUCUUCUAUCUUCCGAAAAUGAUGUCAGGUCAGUUUGCUGGAUGGAAAAUAGUGCUAACCCAAUUAGUCACCGAAGCCGAGGUGAUUACAAGCCUUAUUUUCAUGCAGUAAGAGUCGAAUCUCGUUCUGGUUUCGAAUUUGUUUGGGAUCACACUAGUAAUUGGCCAAUUUGUAAUGUUAAUUGUAAUUGGCCAAUUUGUAAUGGCCAAUUUGUAAUUCACAAUUUGUAAUGUUAGAUAUUUCAUUAUUGUUAUUUGUUAUGUAAUCUUAACGUUGGGACAAAGCUUGUCAAAUUAGGAUUAAAAAUUAUACGUCCGGUGGACCCGGUGGUAUUGAUAAAAUGUCUCAAUAAUUCAAUUCAGAUCAACUCUUUGCAUUCGACGGAUAGUGAUAUUGACGUGGGUAUUCUAGAGAACCUGGGUAUAGUCGAAGAAGACAUGCCAGUCCCUGUUGUAUGUCAAGAAAACACCAUGUUGUCUGAACAGGAACGCCAGGAGAGACUGAGGAAACAGGAGGACGAAUCACCAUGGUAAUAUAUUAUACAGGGUGCCACCCCACCCCCUCUCAGUGGUGGAUAGGUGGGGGAACGAGAGAGUUUGUCCAUGUUAGACAAGGUGUCCACUCUCUUAAUUGUAAACUGAUGCUUGGAGAUUGCGAUAACUCUGGAACCCGGCAAUGUUACACGAGGCAUUUUUCACCGUACCUUGCAACGGAAUUUUUGACAUAGAGCGAUGUUGUCUCAAAAAUGUACUAAUAGUAAAUAAGUGCACAUGGGCUGUUCCUCAUUUUUGGUAUUGGUAUUUUUCAUUCCUUUCUUUCAUGCCUUUAUAGUAUGUAAAGUGAUGAGAAUUGUCAGCAAAUAGAAUGUGGUACAAGUUCUCAAUUUUACUGCAGUGAACAUGUUUUACAUAACAGGGCUCUGAGGAUGGGUUGCAAAGUACAGCAAAAAAUUACCUCGAUGGGUUGAGAUCAGGAUUAUAAAUGACGGAUAGAACUCCUUGCAUUUAAGCUGUGGUCAUUGUUAUUUAUUUUCAGGUCAGGUUUCGUGGGUAAUAAUCUUAUUUUAAAAACUGGACUGAUCGACAAGCGAAAGGUAACAUAAACAUUCAAAUAUUUCUACAUCUUACCUAGUUUACACUAUCAAAGUUUCUGUGAUCACAGUAGGAAUUUCUCGUUUUCCUAAUUUCCACUCGUGUUGAUAUAACUGUAUAUCGUACACGGAAAAUGUUUGCUAAAUAUUAUAUAUAUUAUGUAUACGAGUACACGGGCCGAAAGCUCAGAAUUAAAUUAAAUACAUGGUGUAACAUGUAACAUUGUUUCUUAUUUUCAAUGUAGGGAUUGUUUGCCCGGAGGAGACAGUUAAUUCUGACUGAGGGACCGCAUCUUUAUUACGUUGAUCCACAAGCCAUGGUUUUAAAGGGAGAAAUUCCAUGGUUAGUAUUUUAUGGGUUGCAUUAUACGUCUGCAACAACAAAGAAAAAUUUCUUUCUGCUAAGAUUCGUAAUAAUAUCCUUUCAGGACAAAAGAUUUAAAAGUGGAAGCUAAAAAUUUUAGAAUAUUCUUUAUUCAUACGGUAAGAUAAAGUGGCAAUGGUAAAAAUAUUUUCGUCAGGUGAAAG